AGAAUAUCAUUAAGUGAGUUAAAACGUGAACAUGUAGAAUCAAUAGAGAGAUUAAAGGAAGCCAAAAAUCAAGAAAUAAAUGCUGUAGCUAAUGCUAAUGAUACAUCCAAAAGUUUAACUGCUGUGGUAGAACAAAUACAAACUAGUGCUAAAGAUAUAGGAUCAUUACAGACACAAGUGGAAUCAAUACAUCGUAAUGGACUGGAUGAAAGAGAAAUCAGCCUGAAAGCUAAAGACCAACAAUUACAGAAUUUACAAGAACGAUUAACUAGACAGGAAGAAGAUAAUGAAAAAGAAAGAAAGAGACUGGAAGAUCUAAUCUCAAGGAUGGAAACUCAAAUGAAAGAACAAUCACGUCUCUUAGAUGAGGAGCGUUGGAAGAUGAAAAGUGAAUCUGCCAGAUUAGAAGCCAAUCAAAGAUCAUUAGAAGAAGAAAAAAGAGUUUGGUUGGAACAACAAAAUAGAGAACGAUCAGCAUUAGAGAGAGCUAGGGAUAACUUCCAAGAAGAACAAAGAUCAUCAUUAAGUCAGUUAAAUACAGAGAGACGUAAUUUAGCUGAAGAAAGAAUGAAAUGGAACGUAGAUUUAAAAUUACAUAGAGAGCAGUCACAUCAAGAAGCUAUUAAAAUGGCACAGGUUUGGUUUUUCAUUAGAUUACAUAAAAGGUUUUAUUCAUAG